GCAAAAUGUAGGACAUAGAGGCUACCAAAAUGGAAGACAUAGAUUCAAAACAGAGAGAAAAUCACAGUGAAAAUAAACAUUUAGUAAAAGCAAAACAUAAAAUCGUUAGUGACAUUCGUGAAUAUGAUGUGAUAAGCGAUAGUGAAGUAGAAAAAUGUGUUGGCAUUAAACCGAAAGUGACAGUCAAUAAUAAUUUACCUCAGUGUCCAGGACAGAAAAAUGAUGAAGGUAUUGAAGCAUCCGGUAACAUGUUGCGAAACUCCGGAACAAAACACAAGGAAUCAACACAGAUUUCUAGCAGAAAUAGACUAUCAAGUGCAGAUAAAAAUUGUCAUGGCUUGGAUCAGACACCAGCUCUGAGAUGUCCUCAAGUCAAUACUAAAGAAAAAAUUAUAUUUUGUGUGGAUGUAAGUGCUGAUAUGGAGAAGCCAAUAUUCAGAUCAAGAGCUGGAGACAAGAUGACAUCCAAACAGCUUGUUCGAAAAGGCUUGAGUAUUUUUUUGCAGUCGAAGCAGAAACUUGAUAAGAAGCAUGAAUAUGCUCUUAUAUUUCUAAAGGAGGAUGCAACUUGGGUUCGUGAUUUCACCAAUGUACCCCGAGACAUACUGAUUGUACUGGAUGACAUCUUUGAAUGGUGUGAGUGUGAUUCGUGUGAUGCUGACUCUGUAUUCAACACAGUAGCAAGGAAGGUGGAAAUGCCCAGCAUAGUAGGUGACAUAGAAAUGAUCCCACCAGAGUUUACAGUUAGAGUCAUCAUGUUAUAUGGUCGUCCCAACUGUCCACUUGUGUUCAAAACUAAGGAGAGUUUCAACUUGCUGAAUACCUCGCCAUAUUUCUUCUUAGAUGCCUUGUAUUUUCACGAACCACUCAGCGAUGACAACAAGUGUCAGGAAGUAUUUGAUUCUAUAUGCGACUUAGAUCAGAAAGGACUGUCCUACAUUUUUGGAGCGAGUCGCAACCAGACAAAAGUGUAUGAUGCCAUGGCCCAAAUGUUGGCCCACCCUCUACAGAGACCUAUACAACAUGAUGCAGCGUACAGGAUUGGAUCUAUCUCAGUAGAUGCUGUACAUCAAAUUGUGUCCUCUAUACCCAAUGUGGACAGUGUUAGAUGAAAGUGGUCAUACGUUAAAAGUUGUUUGAUGUAAUGCUAUAGUUGUUUUUACUUUUAAUAAUUAAGUGGCUCUAAUGAUGAAGCAAUUUAAAUGACUAUACCUUUCCAGUGCAAGUUUUCACUUAGUCUAAUGCCAACAAAAUUCUGAUAAAAUUAAUUCUGAAGUUUUGACAAUGUUUACUGUUGUUUAAUAUAAAAAGACUUUUCAGUGAGGGAUUUCAUGUCAUUUCAUUUAAUUUACUUUAAAAAAAUGUCAAAUUUGCCAAUGAAGCUUUCUAGUGGUUUUGAGAAUAUAAACUUAUUGUUUUACUUCUCCAAAAUUGAAGGUAGAAAGUAUCAAUCUUGUUUUUAAAAUUUCAAUUUGAUAGUAAAAUGUUCAAAUAGCCACAUGUUUUGUUCAAUGUUCAGUCUUGUUGAUGUUUAAACAAAAUUUCCUAAACUAAAAAUAAAAUGAAACACAAGUGCAUUGGCAUAAAAAUAUACAUUGAUUCCAUUCUAUUGAUUAUUAUUAAGGCAGCAUUUUUAAAGCUGAUCUCUGUACAUGCCUUUACUGAAACUCAAAUUUAGAAUUGUUUAACUUUUGGCUUUGUAAGCAUGGUACUGUUUGUUUUUUUAAACGCCUGCUAUAUUUGCUCCACCGAAGUCUGUGCAGUCUAAUGAGUAGCUACCCUGCAUGCAAUACAGUUCCGCAAGGUCUCGUGGUCUCAGGAGAGGACAAGGUAUCCUUACCAGACUGCGCAGGCAUUGAACUCUCCCAUUUUUGCAAAUGGAAUAAGAUCCAUUUUUGCAUGGCCAGAGGCAUUUAAUUUUGUCUUCUUUGUGCAAUGGUGCUUUUUGUAAUGAUUUUUGACAAAGCAAUCAAAUCCAUGUUUCUUGUUUCAUGUUAAUUGUUAUGCAUGUAAAUACUGUACAUAUGAUACGGUUUCAUUCAGAGUAGAACAUCGUUUACAGGAUAAAUUUCCCAUGAAAAGUACGGUUAUUACUCUUAGUUUUUGGUCAUCCCCUGUUUUAGUCAAAAUAAUUUUUUUUCUUGACUACAUUUUUUGACACUUAGGUUUUGUCUAUAAUUAAUUACUCUAAAUUUUUUGACAGUAUAUUGUGCAGCGCUAUUUUACCUAGUUUCUGCCCUAUUUUACCUAGUUUCUGCCCUAUUUUACCUAGCUUCUGCCAUGUUUUGGCUUAUCUGGUGACACUUCCAUCAUGCCUUUUUACAACCCUAUUAAGGUCUGAAAGCCUGACAGAUGAAUGCAUGAGGACAAUAGACUAUGACACAUAUGUUCAUUGGUAAAUGUACACCGGUAAUAAACAAUUUUUAAACUUGACAACCAUGUUUAAUAAUCCGCUCCUUUGUGCUUCAAACGUCUGUUUAAUGACCCCCAAGUUCGAGCAGCAAUUUCCAGUUUGUCUCUGAUCUCCAGCAAAAUGGACAAAAAUGUUUGUUCGCAUAAUAUCUUAGCCAUAUUGCAGAAACAUUCAAUUGUUGUCAGUAAAUGGGGUGCUUUGCCAUUUUUACUACAUGUAUACAUGUACAAUGAAACUUCAUAUUUUAAGUAUUGUCCAAGAUGGUGCAUUACAUCUGUGUUUUAUCAACAGCCAUUUAAGCAAGAAGAAAUGCUCAUAUUAUUCUGAUAACUUGUUGUCUGGUAUAUGAAUAAAUGUAUAUGAUGCUGUGAAACCAAUAUUGUUGGUGGGAUACUUAUUUGGAUGCGACUUCUUAACCACAAAAUCAAAUGUUCAACGUUCAAGUCAGAAGUCUUAUAUCAGACAAUCCACAAAUUUAAUAUCAAACAAAAAUGGCGGGUUUUAUGAAUCCAUGAAAUUUCAUGUAAACAUAAAUAAAUAAACAUACAGUAUUUGAAAUACAGGCUUCAAGUAAUACGACUCACUAUCUAAACAAUUCCUUGAGCCAGCCAUAACUGUGGUUACAAUAUUAUCAUUAUUAUCCCCUGCCAUAGGCGGAUAUUGGAUAUUGUUUUGGCGUUGUCCGUCUUUCCGCCCGUCAGUCUUUCCGUCCGGUACUUUUGUGUCCGGAGCCAUAUCUCGGAAGUGCUGUGGCGGAUUUCAUUGAAACUUGGUAUGAGUAUAUAUAUGGAUAAGAGGAUGAUGCAUUCCAAAUUGCAUUGUACACCAUCUGUUAAUAACGGAGUUAUGGCCCUUUGUAUCUUAAAAAAUGCUUUUUUAGCUGAGUGUCAAUUAUAACACUUUUGUGUCCAGAAGCAUAUUGGCAGGGGAUAUAAAUUCAAUGAAUUUGCUUAUUGUAUUAAGUUUCUUGUGUAUAAAAACUAACAUAUUUCUUUAUUGAUCAUCAUUAUGACGACUGUAUUGUUAUAUUGAACAAUACCUUAAAUAUCAUUAGGUUUUAACUUUUAACAUUUAUUUAGUCUUAUAGCUUGAUUAAAUACUUUGUAUAGGCAGUAGUGAUAAUGAUGUGUUUCGUAGUGUAUUUGUUUCCAGCAUCAUUUCAUUUGGUAAAUUAACUGAGCCUUUAAAUAUUUUGUUUUGUUAUUUUGCAAUCAGGGUCUACAUUUAUAAAGCUAAAUGAUAGAAACGGUGUAAGGUAUGGGUUUUUUGUGUAAAUCAAGAACAAGAAUAUUUCUGGUUUCCUUGUGCAUUUAAAUUAACAUCUUGGAUAACUUGAUGAACCUUGUCAGACGUUUGAAAUGCAAAUUUAUGAAGAGUCCAUUUGGGGGCUGUUGAUGUUUUACAAUGUUCAAUCCUCCUGAUUGUGUUUUUUAUCCCCUGACAUAGGCGGAGGGAUAUUGUUUGGGCGUUGUCCCUCUAUCCGUCCGUCCGGACGGAGCCAUAUCUUGGUGCUUAACCGGAUUUCAUUGAAACUUGGUAUGAGUAUAUAUAUGGAUAAGCGGAUGAUGCACGCCAAAUGGCAUUGUACACCAUCUGUUAACGGAGUUAUGGCCCUUUGUAUCUUGAAAAAAUGCUUUUUAAUAUAAGCUUACAGCUUUAUCUCCAUUAACACAUGAGCCAGAGCCAUGAAACUUGCCAUAGUGGUGGUGCUUCACAUUCAACACUUAUAAUCCUAGGGGCUAAGGUCAAGGUCACACAUUGAGGUCAAAGGGCAUUUGUCCAUCCGUCCAGAAAACUUUUGUGUCCAGAAGCAUAUUGGCGGGGGAUAUCAAUUCUAUGAAUUUGCUUGUUUACUAUAUUUUGUUGUCAGGUUAAUUAUCAUCUAUUACAUGUACUUCUAACUGCAGUAUUAUACAAUGGAUUUACUGUAUCUUUGCUGUAACCCUUAAGGGUUAAAUAUAUUUUCCAAAUCCACAAUUGUGGAGGUUAUAAAAGAUA